AUGCCCUGGGGAUAUAGCUGGAGGUCAUCAACAGGAUUUAUCGUUUCCUGUAUUAGCAUUGCGCUUUUUGCUGAAGCCUUUCUGUACUCCUUCGUCGUGCCCAUCCUACCCUAUAUCCUCGAGGACCGGAAUCAUGUCAGCCCUUCUGCCGUCCAGCGCCUAACGUACCAGGUCCUUACUUUAUAUGGCGCGGUGGCAGUAGUAGCCGGCAUUUUAAUCGGGCAUGUUGGUGACCGUAUAAAAUCUCGGCGUGUACCUCUGAUCCUCGGAUUGGGACUUGCGUUUGCUGGGACACUUUUGCUAGCAAUAUCAACCAGAUUGUAUGGAGUCUUCAUCGGCCGGACGCUUCAAGCUAUAGGCGGCGUAACAGCUUGGAUUAUCGGCUAUGCCACCCUCAGAGACUCGAUUCAGUCUGAGAACAUGGGAAAGACGUUUGGCCUGGUGAAUGCUCUUGUUAGCGCCGGCGCUCUCUCGGGCCCGGCUAUUGCUGGGUUGCUCCUUCAGGUGGCUGGGUAUUGGAUCACUUGGUCGGUUGUGUUGGCGGUGCUAAUUAUAGACAUAAUUAUGAGAGUUAUCAUGAUUGAGAAGCCGAAGAUGUCGAAAGUUCGCUUCGACGGCGAUGGCGAUAUCCAGCACCGAGCGUCCGACAACAACCAGGGCCCAGAGUAUACUAGUGAACAGAGCCCGCUUCUCCGCAGGAAUACAGAUAUCUCGGCUGCCUCCUUCUACCGGAUCAUACUGGGUCAACCUAGAGUCAUUGUUGGACUGUUAUCCUACAUGUUGCACUCGUCUCUAAUCGCGAGUUACAAUACUACACUUCCAAUCCACGUGAAGCAGGCUUUUGGAUGGGGCAGUCUCCCCGCCGGUCUCUGCUUCUUGGCUCUUCAGGCGCCCGCUAUCAUAUUCAGUCCGUUGUUUGGCUGGCUGCGAGAUAAGAUAGGAACCAGAACACCAACGGCACUCGGAUUUAUUCUUCUGGCCCCUUUGCUAUGGCUACUAGGUGCGGCUCAUAAAUGGGACUAUUACCGAUGGAUUGGGUCUGAGAAAAAUGCCAAGACGAUAUACAUUGUCGCAAUCGUUUGUAUUGGCUGUUUUCAGAAUCUUCUCACAAGUGUCGGCACAAUCGAGAUUACUUGUACGGUCGACGAAUUACAGGAGAAGCAUCCCGGCAUUUUCGGUCCUCAUGGCGGAUACUCGCGCAGCUACUCGCUUUCCAAUAUCAGUUUUACGAUGGGAUUUCUUGUCGGGCCCCUUCUCUCCGGUGCGUUGACGGACUCUUUGGGCUAUUCAUAUAUGAACUUGGUGCUAGCAUGCAUUUGUGUUGCCAUGUCAUUGCUGGCUUUUACCUUCUUGAAAGGAAAAUCAUCUAUCCAGUCGAGACGUUCAGACAAUGCCAGUGACUAG